AUUCUCAACAGCGUCAUCGGUAUUCGCGGCGAGGUUCCGGGCGAAUGGUGAUGCAAAAACGAUCUUCUUCCGCCGAAAACUUCUGUUUGUAGAAUCAUCAUCGUUUUCACAAUUUUGAAUGAAUUGAGAAUUUCAAGAAUCUUUCAACGAUAUUGUUGUUGAAGUUCUUCGUUUCUUCGAGACGACUGAUUUCAAGGGGACGCCGACGGGGAUUUCGGUAAUAACAGAUCGAUUUCCGAGGGUUCUUUCUUGAUUUCCUGAAAUAAUAAUACAUCAGAGGAGGUUUCUUCUUUGAUUCUCACCUGAAAGAACGGGUGAGAAGAAUAGAAAUGUGCAAGAUAGAGGGAAAUCGGAGGAAGGUCAAUGAACCAACGGUGAUGGAAUUGAAAACACUAGGAGAAAGCAAGGUUGAUAAACUGAAGAGUUCGAUGGUCUCGUCAGGGUCGAGAGUGCGGCCGUGGUUAAUCCGUUUAACAACGACUGUUUUGCUCUGGACUUGCAUUGUUCAAUUGAUUUCUUUAAUGGAGUUUUGGGGGCCUGGGGUCUUGAAAGGAUGGCCCUCUUGUUUUUCCCAUCAAUCUGUGGCUGCUGCUGUUUCUGGAGUUCAGGAAAAUCCUCUUUCAGUUCCACCCAAGAUUGUAUUUCCUCCUAAACGAUAUUACAAGAACAAUGGCUACUUGAUGGUGUCCUGCAAUGGAGGGCUUAACCAAAUGAGAGCAGCGAUAUGUGACAUGGUUGCAAUUGCAAAAUAUUUGAAUGUAACUCUUAUAGUACCUGAACUUGAUAAGACCUCAUUCUGGAAUGAUCCCAGUGAAUUUCAAGAUAUAUUUGAUGUGGAACAUUUCAUUGGAUCAUUGAGAGAUCAAGUACGCAUCAUAAGAGAGUUGCCUGACGGGCUUAAGAAGAGAAUGGAACAGCGAAAGGCUUACACAAUGCCACCUAUUAGUUGGUCUGACAUUUCAUACUAUCAUAAUCAGAUUCUUCCGCUGAUUCAGAAGCAUAAAGUUUUACAUCUGAACAGAACUGAUGCCCGACUUGCCAACAAUGAGCAACCAAUGGAGAUACAGAAGCUGAGAUGUCGAGUAAACUAUAGUGCUCUGAGAUUCACCUCAGCGAUAGAGGAGUUGGGGAAAAGGGUUGUCAAGCUGCUUAGGAAAAAUGGCCCUUUCCUAGUACUUCAUCUUAGGUAUGAGAUGGAUAUGCUGGCUUUUUCUGGCUGUACUCAAGGUUGUAACAGUGAAGAAAUAGAAGAUUUGACAAGAAUGAGAUAUGCAUAUCCAUGGUGGAAAGAGAAAGUAAUAGACUCUGAACAGAAAAGGAAGGAUGGAUUGUGCCCCUUGACCCCAGAAGAAACUGCACUUACACUGAGGGCGCUGGACAUUGAUCCUAAUUUUCAGAUUUAUAUUGCAGCUGGUGAAAUCUAUGGAGGAAAAAGGAGGAUGGAGAGUCUUGCAAAGGCUUAUCCAAAACUGGUCAAGAAGGAGACAUUGCUGAAACCUUCUGAUCUCAGGUUCUUUCAGAAUCACUCAUCCCAGAUGGCUGCUUUAGAUUACCUUGUCUCGUUGGAAAGUGAUAUAUUUGUUCCUACAUAUGAUGGGAAUAUGGCUAAAGUUGUUGAAGGUCAUCGCAGAUACCUUGGAUUUAAGAAGACCAUAUUGUUGGACAGAAGGAUACUUUUCAAUUUGAUAGAUCAAUACAAUAGUGAAAAGCUAAGCUGGGAGGAGUUCUCCUUGGCUGUAAAAGAAGCCCAUGCAGACCGGAUGGGGAAACCAACUAAACGAACUGUGAUCCACGGAAAACCUAAAGAAGAGGAUUAUUUCUAUGCGAACCCUGAAGAAUGUUUGCCACCGUCGGAGGACGAAAAAUGGGCUAUUUCUUCUCCAAUGCUAAAGAGAAUAAUUUGAGUUUUGAAUGUUGAGACUGUGACACAUUUCAGUACAUGGAGAGGUUGAACUAAUGGGAUCGAUCAAGAAUUUCAAGGUCAACAGAUUUGCAUAUAGAAAAGCCAGAGUAUAUAAAGAAGCCAAUUGGAGGGACGCUUAUUUUCUUUGGAACAUGGUUGUAUAUACACAGCUGAGAGCAGCAGCACCAUCAAACUGAGUAGGAGAUGCACAGUUAAUACACAGAUGGAUUUGGUAUGAAUUGUAGAAUGGAAUUUCUCCACAGUUCAUUGCCUCACUCCCAUUCAUAGCCUCAGUCUUCAUAUUUUAGGAGGGGAGGAGCUUAGGGAGUGAAAGAUUGUUUAUUUUACUCCUUCUCCCAAUAAAAGCAACAGUGUUAAGUUCAUAUUUUAUGUAUUUAGCAAAGUUCGUCUCACUUUCUUCCUUCUGAUAUGUUCUUUUUGCCUGUAAGACAUAGCAGGCAAUCAUAAUGGCAAAUUUAUUCAUUGAUUUUUAUAUCUAUUCGCAAUUGAUGAUCAUUAUUUUGUUCUAA